AUGCCGCCGCAGCUCUCGUAUCGCGGCGCAGGAGCACUCGUCGUCCUCGCCGUCCUCCUCGGCUCGAAGGCUCGAGGCCUCAACCCGCUCGUCUCGCUCGCCUGGCUCCUGCUGUAUGCGGUAGCGGGUGUGGUGGCUGUGCUGGGAGGGCAGCUGUGGCUGGCGAAGGUCCACGAGCGACGUUUCAGCGGGUUCGGCUCUCAGGACGGAAGUGGGGAGGGGAGCUUGCUCUCGCUGAGGCCAGGCAGGCGACGAGGACCGCCGCCGUUGCAGUUCACGUCGCCGGCAGCGUGGGACAUGACGCAGACCAAGGCGAAGUGGGAGGCGACAGCAACCGCGAAUCGACUUUCGUUCCCUGGCGCCCCUCCCUUCCUUUCCGCCGCCAUCGACUCCCUCCUGCACCUGAUCCUGCGCGACUUUGUCGAGAAAUGGUACUCGACCAUCUCCGACUCGCCAGUCUUCCCCAACGCCGUAGAUGCGACCAUCCGAGAGUCGCUUCUCGCCAUUUCGUCGCGGGUCGGAAAGGUCGACUGGUCCGACGUCCUCGUUGGUCGCAUCCUGCCACUCCUGACGACGCAUUUCGAGCGGUUCGACAUCGCGGAGAAGACCGUCCAUGGACGAGGACCACGGGCGGGAACGCCAGACUCGGACGAGUUCGACCUCUUCGUCGCAUCGCGCUACGCGCAGGAGUCGGAGGAGAAGCGACUUCACCCCGCAGUCGACGCCGCGAGCCCAAACUCUCGACCUGCGGAAGAAGCAUGGAUCCGUUCGACCUUCGAGGCGAUUCUGCCGCUCGUCCUUCCCGAGCGCGAGGUCGACAGCCCGGCUGUACGCAUCAUGGUCCGCGAGAUCGUGGCGUGCGCGGUUGUCUUCCCCAUCAUCGAGAUGCUCAGCGACCCCGACUUUGCCAACCGCCUCAUCGACGACAAAGCUGGCGCAGCGAUUCGCGACCAGAAGAUGGUCAACGAGUUCCGCGAGGCGCUCAACAAGCAGGAAUCCACUAUGAUGGCUGCGUCUGCCCGAACGCUUCCUUCGGCAGCCUCGUCUCCGCCUAAGCGGCGAACCGAAGUCGUGACGGUGCGAACCGGUUCGCGCCAGUUCGAUGCAUGGCUCAAGAGCAUCGGUCGCUGUGCCUCGCUGCAAGAGGCGAGGCGGCUCAAGAGCGACGUCAGCGGUCAGAUCAGGAGGGCGAAGAUUCUGACGGACGGCAAGGAGCUCGAUGAUGUUGUGGACGGCGUCAAGGUCGCGGAAUGGAUCGACUUCAUCGAGCGGCUGUACACGGCGAAGCGCAAGAUUGACAAGCGGAUAGACAAGCUCGGCGGUAACCAGGGUUUGUCGCGGGCGCCCAGCAUCCUCGGAAACCUCAACUCGCAUCUCGACUCGCCCGUCAAGCUCAGCGACAUGCUCGUCGAUCCGACCGCGGUCACCUAUGUCAUGGAGUUCCUCGAGCGUCGCCGCCACGCCGACAGAGCGCAGUUCUGGCUAAUCGUCGAAGGUCUGAAGGAUCCGCUUGACGGCAUCGAGUCAGACGAAUCACUCGCGACUGCCGCGACUUCCGCCUUCGAGGACAUCCAGAUGAUUUGGUCGGCCUAUCUCGUCGGAAACCCGUUUCGUUCGAGCGAAGGGCAUCUGCGAGCGGUGCAGGCCUUCGCCGAGCAGGAGGACCCGCAAAACGCGACGCCGCAGAUGCUGAGGCAGGUCCGGCACGCGCUGUUCGCGAUUCAAAGGGAGGUUCUCUCCCUGCUCGAAGAGGAGGACGCGCCUGCGUUCUCCCGUUCCGACCUGUACUUCAAGGCGCUCUCGGCGCUUCCCGUCGCCGACGAAUCGGUAAUGACGCCUUCGACAAAGACAGCUCCUCUGCCCCUCGUCACACCUCCUACGCCUGCCGGCCGUACUGGCCUUAGCAGAGCCCGCUCUCGUUCGAACCCGCAAUUGCAGAACACGUCCGCCCUGUCAACCACCAUCUCCUCGUCUCACGCCGCGACUGCCCGCCCGCCUUCCCCUGGCUUCCUCGUUUCGCCAACAGCGGCGCGCAAGGAUACAGCCCCGCCUCAAGUGACCUUCCAUGCGGCCUUCAACCGAGCAAGAUCGCAGGACCUUUUCGAGGCCACAACCUCGUCCUUCGAGCCGAUGCGCAAGGUCUCUUCUGGCUCGCUCGAGACGAUUGCUUCGGCUUCAACAUACCCUUCAGCAAAGCGCAAAUCGAACGCCAUGACGGACUCGCUCGACUUCCUCAUUUCGCCCCAGGCGGUGGAGACGGAGCGUUCGCCGCUGUUCGGCAGCGAAUCGACGCCCGACGACACCGUCACGCCGCCUUCCGACGACGACUUCGUCCAGGUACAGACGAUCGAGGCGAUCCAAGAAGCCCUCAACUCUAUCCUCGCUUCCGAUGGUCGCACACAGCCGCAGGCGAACCAGUCGACCACGUCUCUCCCCUCUCUCAGGGAUACCUCGCUGCUGCCGCCGCCUCGUCGUACUUCGACGAACGCUUCCUCGCGGUCCUCUGGUCCCGCUACCCCCGCGCUCUCGUCCUCGACCAACCUCCCGAGCCGGCUCACCACCGCUCCUCGUUCUUCCAGUCAGAGCUCCUCGACAGCACCGCAACGUGCCGCGACUCGAACGGUCUUCGACGAUACCGAGGCCGCCGACGACGACGGAUCGGGAGCCGACUUGGUCGAAGAACCGGCCUCCGACGACUUCAGCGUCAGCCUACCUGCCUCCGGCAACCUGAGUCUCGCGGCCGAGAUUCCGCGCCUCGCCGACUUGCUUGAGAAGCUGCGGAAACAGGAAAUCGUUGUCGACGCCUUGAUCCGCAAGGCGGAACUUACUGGGGUUGCUUCGGAGCUCAAGGUGCUCGUCAAGUCUCGCGAAAGCCUGCGGCGCGAAAUCCGAGCUGCCACGUUUCAGAAGGAGCAGCUCGAGUCGCAGGCGGCGCAGAACGAGCUUUCGCCCAGCCGCACUCGAAUCACCAUUCCCGCCACGACGGUCGGCCAAGCCAGCGCGGCCGCUUCGGGCGCGACCUUUCAGCUGUAUCUCAUUGAGGUUCACACUCUGACCGACGAGGGCGCCUUUCAAAGCGGCUGGAUCACGACUCGCCGUUACAGCGAAUUUCUCUCGCUGUACAACAAGCUCAAGGAGAAGUUCCCAUCGACAUGCAUUCUCGACUUCCCCAGCAAGCGACUCGUCGGCGCCUGGAGCAAGGAAUUCAUCGAGCAGCGCCGUGUCGGUCUCGAGCGCUACUUGCAGAAUGUCAUCAAGGUCCCCGCUGUCUGUGUCAGCGACGAACUGCGAUCUUUCUUGUCGAAGGAGACAGUCGCGCUGCCGAAGAGCGACGUUCCGCGCCGAGUCGUCCCGCCGCUUCUCCCCGGCCAGGGUCUCGUUCGUUCGCUGUACCGCGGCCUCACGACCGGCAUCGACGACGUUCUCGGUACCUCGACGAGCUCGAUGGUCGAGCAGAUGGUGAACCGGCUGUCUCAACAGGCUGCCGAGUUCGCCGGCAUUGCGGCGGGUUCCGUCCUGGACGAAGAUCUCGUCGGACAGGUGCUAGCAGACUCGGUCUCCCAUCUUCCGGGCGUCGAACGUCCUGGCGACGAAGGCCUGACCUACUUCACCGCGCCAAUCUGUGACCUCUUCGUCACCAUCUUCGAGCUCAAGGAGAAGAAUAAUUGGCUGCGGCGACAAGCCAUCCUCAUCGUGCUCCAACAGGUCCUCGGCGGCACGAUCGAACGCAAAUUCCGCGAUUCCAUCAAGCUGCUCUUGGCGCCGCCUCAGCUCGCCACCUACGUCGCGGCUUUACAGAACGGCAUGUGGCCGGAUGGCGAGCUCAAGCCGAAGGAAUCACCACGAACGGCGGCCGAGAAAGCUGCGACCAAGGCCUCAGCGAGUCGCAAGCUUGCCGACCUCCUGCCUGACGUCGCCGCCAGCCUGAUCGGACGACACAAUGCCAAGCAAGGUGCUCGCCGACUGUUCUCCGUCCUGCAGAAUAAGCGCCUCAACAAGCACCUCAUUUACGGCAUCGCAGACGAGAUCUUCGCCGUCGUCUUUCCCGAGAUCAAUGAGCCAAAGGCGCGACCGCUCUUCCUCGCGUAA